GGCAACGACAAUAGCCGAACAAGUGGUGCGCGGGUCAGUGAGCGCUCGGCCGGUCCCGACAAGACUCCUGCGCUAUCUGUGUUACUCGGUCAGCUGCAGAGUGAAGGACGCGAACACGACCACACGACCCUACACCCCGUGCCCCGUCGUAGCCUGACAGUUUCCAGCUAGCCGCCGAGUGAGGUGCCCGCGCGCAAAAUGGCUCCCGUUAAGUUUACACGCAAAGAGAUUGAGGCGCGGAACCACCGUGAGGAGGCCGCUAUCAUCAUAGACAACGUGGUGUACGACGUGACGGAGUUCAUGGAAGACCACCCUGGCGGCGUGGAUGUACUGCUCAACAAUGCCGGCAAGGAUGCAUCUCAAUGUUUCGCGGACGUGGGCCAUAGUGAUAUUGCAAUGGAAUGGCGCGAGAAGUUUGUCAUUGGAGAAGUUGUCGACGAGGAGCGAUGGCCAGAGGUGAAGCGUGUGGUGCAAGAGCCGCCACCCGCCGAGCCGUUCUCGCUAACUUCGCUGCUGAAUGUCUGGGGCCCGCCAUUGGUGCUUGCCGGUUUAGCUACGCUCGUCUACACCUACCUCUUUCCGACGGCUUAGGUCACACGACUCAUUGCUGCAGUGCUUUACCAAUCCACCUUACCAGUGUGUGGACAUUAACUGUAGGGGCAAGGUUAAGGUGGUUAUGUGUGCUAAAUAUGGGACUAGAAAAGUGCAAAAGCAGUCAGUGAAGCAGAGCUUCCGGUCGGUACUCGUGGCAAGUCAGCGACCAAUAAAUCAACUCGAAUGCAGUUACAUGAUUAUUCGGAGUCCUCGAUUGGCGAUGAAAUCAAGAUGAAUACUAUGUACGUUUCUAUUUGAUAAGGUUAUGGAAUAAAGGUUGUGUUUUAAUAAAAUACAAAAAAACUUGCAAUAUUA